AUGGCUCUUCUUAAGCCCACCGAGCUGUCAUUCCCUCUGCCAAAGCUGUCGCAUGUCAACCUCCAUAUCCAUCUUACUUGUCUCGCUACCUCGACUCUCAUCUUCCUGACCACAACCUCGAUCGGCGACUCAAACGUUGCCCGGCCCAUGGGCAGCUUCGUCUAUGCCAUGCCAGAUAACUCAAAUGAAAAAUCUACAAUCUGCUCGACUCUCUAUUCGUCACCGACGAGUAUAGAUUAUGCAACGCGCACGGCCCGGAUUCUGGCUCGCCGGAUGAGCAUACCGGUCUAUGUUGGCUGCAGCGCUGACUUCUCGGGGAUGAUGGUCGAGGAGGAAACAGAGGGGUUAACCAAGGUCGUCAAUACCAUCAUGGCAGAGUGGGAAAAGCAACGACAGUCCUAG